UAAAUUCCCUCUUUUUCCUUCUUUCUUUGCUCCCAAGUCCCAACCUUUCAUCUCUCACUCUCUCUCUCUCUCUCUCUCUCUCUCUCUCUUCUGCUCUUCUGCAACUGCAAAUGCAACUCCAUAACCAAACCCACUUCCUCAAACCACUCCCAUCACAUCACCCUUAGCCUCUGAGACACUUCUCCGAACAACCCAAAAAAUGGGCAAAGCCUCCAAAUGGUUCCGCUCCAUCCUGGGCCUCAAAAAGCCCGACCCGAACCACCAAACCUCCACCUCCUCCCCAAAACCACCCACCAAAGACAAACGUCGCUGGAGCUUCGUCAAGUCCUACAGAGAAAAAAACCACCACCGCCAUCAAAACGACACCCAACCGCUUCCUUCCGACUCCUCAAACGACGCCGUGGUCGACCCCAACAAACACGCCAUCGCCGUCGCAGCCGCGACCGCCGCCGUGGCCGAAGCCGCUGUCGCCGCGGCGCAAGCCGCCGCCGCCGUGGUCCGCCUGACGAGCAGCGGACGGUGCCCCAGCAACCCCGCGGCGCACGUUAGCGCCGCCCGAAUUGGGGUCCGCGAAGAAGAAUGGGCCGCUCUGAAGAUUCAAGCUGCUUUCCGAGGCUGUUUGGCAAGGAGAGCAUUGCGAGCAUUAAAGGGAUUGGUGAGACUUCAGGCACUGGUAAGAGGUCAUAUUGUGAGGAAGAACACUGCUGAGCGGUUGCAGCAGCUGCAAGUAAUCUUGCGUGCUCAGGCGAGAGCUCGAACAGGGCGGUCCCAAAUUUCUGAGCUCUCGCAUUCAAGGGCCAAGUCUUCUCAAUUUCACCAACCUGGUCCAGCAACCCCAGAAAAAUUUGAACAUCCCAUCCGAUCCAGGAGUACAAAACUCGAGCAAUUUUCAACACUCAGGCGGAAUAGCUCCAGAUCAUAUGGCACUACAGAUGAUGAAAAGAAUGACAGGGUUCUUGAAAUCGAUACUGGGAAACCAUACAUCGCAACUAAACGGAGAAACCUUUUCCACUCUACUCAUCUUGCUCUGGCUUCAGACCAAUACAGCCAUAGCUUUACCACUUCAAAAGACUCUACCAGCCAUCAAACACUUCCAAGUCCAUCUUCUUGCGAGGUCCAAUCUUUAACUCCGUUGAAAUUCUCUGGAGAGGUUGAGGAAGACCCUUUCUGCACUGCCAACAGUAGUCCCCAGUUUUAUUCUGCUUCAUCAAGGGGCGGUAAUUCAAAGAGAAGUCCCUUCACUCCCACAAGGAGCGAUGGCUCGAAAAGUUACCUAAGUGGCUACUCAGAUUACCCGAGCUACAUGGCAUGCACGGAAUCCUCAAAGGCGAAGUUAAGGUCUCUUAGUGCUCCAAAGCAGAGGCCUCAGUAUGAAAGGUCUGGCUCUGCAAAGAGGUACUCCAUUCAUGGCUUUGGUGAAUCGAAAUCAAGUGCUCAAAGGGCGUCCGCCUUGCACGCAAACUUUGCUAGCAAAGCCUACCCGGGAUCUGGUCGGUUGGACAAGCUUGGGAUGCCUGUGGGUUACAGAUACUAAUGCGGUGCCCUUUGGGGGUUUCAACCCCUCCACUGUAAUUUUGAAUCUAAUCUGGCUAACUGAUGUACUAAACUACUUCAUUGUCCCUGUAAUGUUAAGAAUUCUAUUAGCGUAGGGCAUAUAUUUGUGGUUCUGAAUCAAAGGCUGCUUCCGUAAAAUGCCAUUACUUUCUGUGUCA